AUGGCAUCAUUAGUCAACAAAAUAGCCACAUUUUUCUUUCUCUUUCUUGCCAAUCCACUCUUCAAUUCUAAUCGAUCUCUGGCAAAACAAAGAAAACCUAAUACUAUAGUUCUUGGCCUAAGCCACUCUAGGACUUCACUUCCCAUUCCAAAUUCCUUCUCAGACUCCAUAAAAAGACCAACAGAAGCAUUAAUGGAGCCAUUAAGAGAAGUAAGAGAUGGAUAUUUAAUAUCUCUAAGCAUAGGUACACCCUCACAAGUAAUUCAAGUUUAUAUGGACACGGGAAGUGACCUAACUUGGGUUCCUUGUGGGAGUCUAUCUUUUGAUUGCAUGGAUUGUGAUGAUUAUAGGAAUAAUAAGUUAACGGCUGCAUUUUCACCUUCUCAGUCCUCUUCAUCUUACAGAGACUCUUGUGCUAGCCCUUAUUGUAUUAAUAUUCACAGUUCUGAUAAUUCUUUUGACCCAUGCACUGUGGCUGGUUGCUCGUUGAGUACACUUGUUAAAGCCACUUGUUCUAGGCCAUGUCCUUCAUUUGCUUAUACUUAUGGGGCAGGAGGGAUUGUAACUGGGACACUAACAAGGGACACCCUAAGAGUUCAUGGAAGUGAUCCUAAUGUCACUAAAGAUAUCCCAAAAUUUCUUUUUGGGUGCGUAGGAUCUACGUAUCAUGAGCCUAUUGGAAUUGCAGGGUUCGGUAGGGGUGCCCUUUCUUUGCCUUCACAAUUAGGGCUACUUCAAAAGGGUUUCUCUCAUUGUUUCUUAGCCUUCAAAUAUGCAAAUAACCCUAAUAUCACAAGCCCAUUAGUUAUAGGAGAUAUAACCUUAUCUUCUAUCGACGAAAUGCAAUUUACUCCUCUGUUGAAAAGCCCUAUGUAUCCUAAUUACUACUAUGUUGGUCUAGAAGCUAUAAGUGUUGGCAAUGUAAGUGCAACUCAAGUGCCCUUAAUUUUAAGGGAGUUUGAUUCAAGAGGUAAUGGAGGUAUGUUAAUUGAUUCAGGAACCACCUAUACUCACCUACCCGAACCAUUUUAUUCCCAGAUUCUUUCUACUCUUGAGUCGAUGAUACAUUACCCUAGAGCUAGUGAAGUAGAAAUAAGAACUGGGUUUGAUCUUUGUUACAAGGUUCCAUGUCCAAACAAUAGUUUAAUAGCUAAAGAUAAUGUCUUUCCUUCAAUUACUCUUCAUUUCUCGAACAAUGCAAGUCUGGUUUUGCCCCAAGGAAAUCUCUUCUAUGCUAUGAGUGCUCCAACUAAUUCUACAGUAGUUAAAUGUCUACUUUUCCAAAGCAUGGAUGAUGGGGAAUAUGGACCCGCUGGUGUGUUCGGGAGUUUUCAACAACAAAAUGUACAAGUUGUUUAUGAUUUGGAGAAAGAGAGAAUUGGGUUUCAGGCAAUGGACUGUGCUUCAGCUGCAGCUUCUCAAGGGCUUCACAAUAAGUAA